UGGCCUAAGUGUCCUAAUAGGUUUGCCUGGUGGUGAAAUCAUUGAGAAAAAUAUCAGCAGUGACGGCCAGAGGUCAGUUGUCAGCUUCUUUUCAGAUUCAACAGGUAAUUCUGUCCACCUCUGUACUACGUUUUUUUUUAAAACAUGUUUUUUUAUUAUUUUUAACACAUAAAUUAUAUCAAGAUUUACUGUUACUAAGUUGUCAUAGAGAAACAGUCGGCAUUUUUUCAUCCAUUUUAAACUGCAUUUUUAUUAAAUUGUUAUUCCUUGAUAUUCCAUUUAAUUUUCCAGAUGUGGCAUGGCAUGAAGGCAUAAUUUUCUGGGUCACUAAACAAGGGAGACUUGGUGUCUAUGACCAAACCACUAGACAUAAACGAACUAUGUCAGCGGCAGACAGGGCUUACUGUGUAGCAUAUGACUGGCUUGCAAAAAAAGUCUUUUGGUCUGACCCAAGCCAUGUUGCAGUAAGACACACGGUUUUUUUUAUAAAUCUUUUUUAAACAUGCUAAAUUAAAUAGGCUUUCUUUCAAAAAUAAUAAUAUAAGCCUUUGAAUUCAUUUAUGUUUGGAUAAAAGUUUUAGACUAAAAUAUUACCUAAUUUGUAACAAUUUUAUGUUAUUGCUGUUAUCUUGAAAAAAAAAAUUCAUAGCAAAUUAAAAAUAGAAAAUCUAUUGUAGCAUCUUUUAGAUUUGAAAAGUAAUCAUUACAUGAAAAUAAAACAAAAAUGGGACUUUGGAGCAUUUGGUAAUUAUUUAGAAAAAAUAAGAAGCGUCCCUAAUCGUUUUUUUUUUUAAACUCUGAAAAUUCUUUCUAGAUUUACAGAUCUGACAUCAAUGGGAUUAGCAGUGAGUUCAUCCGCAGGACUGCAGCCAGAGAUAUUGCUAUUGAUGCUAUGAGGGGUCGGCUGUACUGGGCUACCCAGAACUCCAUAGAGACAAGCUAUCUCAACGGUGAUAACCAUCAGGAGCUAUUUACCAUUCCGCCAUUUAGUGGGCCCAAUGUUAUCAGUCUCACAUUGGACAUGGACUCAGAGAGGGUGAGUUGCCCAUCUUUGAGUGGUUUGAUGUAGACAUCAUGCUGUGGAAAUAUACUGUACAUUUUAAGGAGAAAAUAUCCAUUUCAUUUUUCAUAUGUUUAUCUUGAGUCUUGUGCCUGAGCAACUUAAGCUGAAUCAACAAAGAAUGUGUUUUAGAGAUAAUGUGCAGCUCCAAAUUUAUGGGAAGUAUUUGAUUUGCUAAAUAAAUAUGCAAAUGCAAACAUUUGUUCUCAGUAAUAAAAAAAAAAACUUUUAAGAUAUAGGCCUAAUAAUAAACUAUGUUAAUGGUCAUUAUGGUCUGAAAAAGUAGCUCCCAAUAAUUCUGAACUGUUUAAACUGCUACAGUUGUCAUGAUUUGUAACAUGUGAUAUUCCACUUGAAGCCUUCCAAGAGUCCCAAAUGCUAACGAGUAACUAAGUUUAAUUUGAAAAAGAACCCUGAGCAAAAAUAUUCUAUUCUUAUCCUCAGGUUUUCUGGUAUGUCAAGGGAUCAGACACACAGAGUCUUUUUGUGACCGAGCUCAUUCCUGCUGGUUAUAUUGGACAAUUUCCAGCAGCCCCACAAAAAGUUGGAGAUUUCAAAAGCAUUGCAAGGUGGGAGACAUUUUUUUAAAAAUUAUUUUGUUUUACUCUGUCUAGAGCCUAAUAAAGCCACGAGAUAUUUAUUUUCAUUAAUAAAUUUUAAGUUUGAUCUGCUAAUCAAGAUCAAAUAUUUCCUUACAUUCUCAUAUAGGAGCAUAACUAAAAAUAUCCUUUGAUCCCUCAAUGUUUUCACCCUGUGAACUCAUGUCAUUGGUAUAUUGAAGUUUUCUUUUCUCUGUCAGUUAUCGUUUUUUUUUUUUUAAAUAUGCAUUUACUUUACUUUCAGCACAUCUGGACUUCAGUAUUUUGCAAAUCGUCUGUUCUGGUUAUCUGAAAAGCAUUCUCUGGUUAUGGGUGACUCCCAGUGUAACUUCACCGCCACUGUUGGUGAAGCCUCAAACAUUACCUCAUUUGUUGUGAUACAACCUUGUAAGUCGUAGCCCUUCAAAGAUUAAGUCUUAAAAAUAAAUUAAAAAUUUGAAGUAAAACAACUGAACAGCAAUACUUGUCAAGUUUCUACUGCAUCCAAGUUGGUACUGGUAUUUGGUACUGUUACACAGUAUACUAUUUUUAAGGUUUCUCUAAGUUUACUAUUUUAAAAGUGUCAUUUUGUAUACUAUUAUUUUGUCUUUUAGUAUGCCAUCUUUCAUGUUUCUCUUAAUAAACAAAAUAUAAAAUUUGAUUUCACUGUCAAUAAUUUCUUUCUUUUUUUUAAAAUAUAAAUUAGACCAGGCCUGCACAACAUGUGGCCCCAGUACCCACUUUGCGACCAGCGUAGUAACGAAAUAUUCUUUUUUCUUAGUAUUUUAUUAAUAGCUUUCCCCCCUGUCCUAUUUUCUUUUUGGCCCACACAAGUCCUUUCCUAUUUUCUUUUGGCCCGCCCAAGAUUUUCAUAAAGUAUUACGACCCGCCUUACAUUUUGAGUUGUGCAGGCCUGCAUUAGACCAUUAAAAAAAAAUCAAUAUACGUCAAACAUUCUGUAAUAAAGUUUUGGUAACUUUUCUUUAAUAGGUUACAAUGAUCAUGAUGAUGUUUGUAGCUGACACCUUUCUGUGAAUCUAUUUCAGCCAACACCACCAAGAAUAAUUUGUGGGUGAUUCCUAACCAAAUAAGAUCUGAAGACAUCAAGUCAGAAGGUUACUGGUCAAGCUUUAACUUGACCUGGCCAAAGUCGUCAGAAGUCACCCAUGGGACGGUUUUUUAUAGAGUCAUUAUUGAAGUUGGCAAUACCAAUAAACAGCUGGUGAGCCUGUAAGGUUGUUAAGCAUCAGGGAAAGAAAUUACCAUGCUUGUAAUAUGAUAGCUAAGGAAAUCCUGGAUACCACAAAAACUUAUUAAUUUAUUUGAAGGAGAAAAAAACAACUGAUUUGUCUAAAAAAAUUUAUAUCUCAUUUUCAGACAACAACAAACCAAUGGAGUGAAAUGCUUGGCUUGUCACCAUAUACACAGCUUGUUGUCAGUAUCCAACCAUACACAUAUUGGGGCUAUGCUGUCCCAACAACAGUGUCAGUCAGGUCACCCAUGUCAAGUAAGUCAAAAUCAUAAAGUUUGUUAUUGUUUUAAUUUGACAAUAUUUGAAAUGUAACUUAAAAAUAAAACAUAUAAUUUUGUAAGCAGAUUAAGUUUUUACCAGAGCAUUGUUGUAUCAAAGCAAGGGUAUGUAAUCUGCAGUCUUUGAGCUGCAUUCCCAAUGUAAUAUAAGCAUUUAUUAUUAUGAGGUCUUCAUUUGGAAUGCAAAAGGAGUCCCUGGACUAAAAAUAAGUAUUAAUGAAUCUCCUCUGUCCUAGAUAACUAUUUGAUAAUUUACAGUUUAUUUUAUUAUAUGUUUAAUUUUAGUUAAAACUAAGCAAACAACAACAAAAAAACCAAAUGAUUCCAUAACAUAACUCAAACAAGAUACACUUUUUAGCAGUGCUUUGGAGCUCAGACCUCUGGAGCAGGUUCUUUUUUCCCAGAGGUGGAGGGGAGCUAGAGCUGUUAAAAUUUGUUACUGCUCCAAACUCCAAAAUAUAUAACAAAUUAAUUUUUUUUUUUUAAAUAAAAUAUAUAUGGAAGUGUGUCACCUAAACUUUAAUUUUUUUUUUUUUUAAUUUUUUUUUUUAAUUGAGGCAUUUUUCUACCUGCUCUACUACCAUCUAUUUUGCAUCUAUGCUUCUAACAGCUGUGGCCCCCUCUGAUUUUCAGAUUUGUUUCCCACUUUUUUACAACUAUGUUGCCCCCUCAAAAAUAUAUAACAAAUUAAUUUUUUUUUUUUAAAUAAAAUAUAUAUGGAAGUGUGUCACCUAAACUUUAAUUUUUUUUUUUUUAAUUUUUUUUUUUUAAUUGAGGCAUUUUUCUACCUGCUCUACUACCAUCUAUGUUGCAUCUAUGCUUCUAACAGCUGUGGCCCCCUCUGAUUUUCAGAUAUGUUGCCCACUUUUUUACAACUAUGUUGCCCCCACUCUUCUACAAGCUAUGUUGCCCCCCUCUUUUACAUCUCCGUUGCCUAGUUAAUAAGAUAGGUUAGUGACAAUAAUAACCACAUUUCUAGAAACACAUUUCUAGAAACAGCACCCCCUUCAACCACCCCUCCUCCCUUUUCGGAUCCAGAGCGCAGCAGAGUUGACACAAAAUUUUUUGGAGUUUUGCCAAAACAAAAGUCUCCUCCUAAUCCCUGCUGUUACGCUUAUUCUCUCAUUAUAUAGGUAUAAUAAUAGUAUAAUAUAAUAAAUAUAAUAGUCUAACAUAAUAUAAAUUAUACAUAUAACAGCCAACAAGACCAAACAUUUGUACAUUGAAAUACGUUCUCUUUCCAGAACCCACAGCGCCACUCUCACCAGAGGUGUACAUCAUCCAACACAACAAUGCCACUACCCUACACCAGUCCCUGGCCGCAGACUUCCGUUGGAUGAGCCCCGCCCUGACCAAUGGGAUCAUAAGCCAUCACAUUGUGUACCACUGGAUGGGGGAUGGUACCGGCGGGGAGAAGACAGAGAUUACAGUGAAGAGCAAAGCCCAACAUUUUAUCCUCAGCCCUCUGGUCAAGAACCAAGUCUACAACUUCAAGGUUUGUUUCACAGGAGUGCAUAGGAAACUGUUGAAUAGUUUCAUCUCAAAUUAGUGCUACUGGUUUUGAAAGUUUUCAACUCAUCGUUUUAUGGAAACAUUUAUGUUAAUUUACUUGUAAGCAUGAUAAUUAUGCUAAGGUUUAGACAAUGCAAAUUAUGCAUUUGAAUCAUGAAACUCAAUAAAUGUCACCUGAAAAACAAAACAAAAACAAAGUCGCAAGUUUUUUUUUCUCAAUUUGUUCUCAAACAUUUCUAUGUACUUUCUCACGUAAUUUAUUUCUAUUGUACCUUCUCAGGUUGUUGCCUGCAACGAUGCAGGCUGUGGCCCAGAAUCAGUUACAAAAACAGUGGUAACUGAUGGUAGGUUGAUUUUUUUAAAAUAAUAAAAAAAUUUAUCCAUAUAAUUUAUUAAAGAAAAUAUAUGCAAUCUUCUCUAGAACAAUAAGUAUUGGUUCUCAUCACUUCAGUAGUUGCUUUAGGUUUUUUUUUGUUAAUUCAUCAAAAUCAACAGCAGUCUUCUUUUUUUUUUAAAUGGUUUUUCAUCUGUCUUUUCUCUUUAACACUUUACGCUCAUAUUCAUUUGAUACAAUUAUUUUGCUCUUAAAAAUAAUUUUCUUACCUUUCCAGCAUUGAACCCUAUCCCUUCACUAUUAAUGGCCACUCCAGCUGGAUUAAACCUCACUGAGAUGGACAGUGAUUUCAACUCUUCUGUUCUACUGCCAGACAUCUCACCCUUGGCUGUCACCUUUCUUGCCCAGGAGGACACACGGAUAUUCUGGUUGGACAAGAGAAAUAAACUCUAUGAAAACUCAGGGAUCCCGUUUGUUGAGGUUUGCUUUGGUUACAAGUUUUAUGUGGACAAAAAAAAUCUUUGAAAUUUUACUAGAAUAUUUUUCAUAUUUUACAAAAAUUAACUUUUAAGUGAAUUUUAGCAAUGACUCUCCCACCACUCCUUAACACAAACCCCACCCUCCCCUUUUAAACACACUUUUUUAAAAAAUGGCAUAAUAAUUUGAUCACAAUGGUAUUUAAGUUGACUACGUUAAAUUAGGUCUAGUUGUUGCUUUGUUGCUUAAUUUAUGAAUUUCUACUUUUACUUUAUACCCGGAAUGAUGUUUACUUAUUGCAGCUGCUGACCCUGAAUGGCACAGGCAAAGAUCUGACCACUGACUGGGUGAGUAGGACCCUGUACUUUGUGGAAUCGACUGAAAUGUACCGCAGUACCAUCACCCAGUUUAGUAUUGACAGAGGAGUUUAUCAACCAGUGCUUUCUCGCCCAGCUAAAAUCUAUAACAUUGUUGCGGAUCCUUACAACAGGUAUGGUGUGAAUAAUAUAUUUCACUGAUUAUCUGUUCAAUUUGUCCAAUUAAACCUGCUUAUGAAUCUAAUUCUCUUCUUAAAAUCGUAUUAUUAUUUUUUUUUUUCUUUUUUUUUUUUUUAAAAAAAUUAUAUUUUUUCUCCCCCCCCCCCUCCCCCCUAAACUCGUAAAUUUUCAAUGAAAAAACUAAUCAGUUUAGUACAUGAAAUAUGAAAUCAAUGUGACUGCUUGUUAUUAAGUACAGGUACAAAGAAUUGUACUGUUAAGUUUCAAUGAAAAAGUUGAUCACAAUGUUGAAGAAAGAUGAAUGUAAGUUCUUAAAUUUUCAUUUGACAAAAUGAUCAUUACAUCUUCAUAGUGCCCUUGUGUGGAUUGAGAUUGAUUCUCAGGGUGAAAGCCAGAUUAUGUCAGCAGACAUGACAUCAGGAGAUGUCAAGGCGAUUUUGGGGAGUUCUGCUACUAAAAUAAGAAGGCGAAAAGCUAUGGACACUAAAUGCUCGUGUACUGAGUCAAUGAACUUUGUAUCAGUUUUGGCGAUGGGCUACACACGAGUAGGUGGUGCAACAGAAAUAGUGUUUGCUGACAGCUUCAGUGGUGUAAUCUUUUCUUCUGAUCUUAAUGGAUGCAUGUGUUCAGUAAUUUUCAAACCAUCAGAAGGAAACAGACAUGGUAAUUCUUGUUUCUACUGUUACCAUUUACUGGUUUUUUAAAGUAGUGUUUGUUUUUUUAUUGCUUCAUUAAUAAACAGUAACCAAUUUUUGUCUUUCAAUUUUCCCAAUGUAAAUAAUUAGUGUCCUAACAAAAUAAUUUUACAUUAUGUAGAAGUUAAUCUUUGGAGCAAAUAUAAAAAGGAUUGACAUACAUUUAUUUGUUGGUUUUCAAAAUUUCAGUUUAAGAAAUACAUGACAUGUAUUUUCUGUUUGCCAGGUCUGCCACCCAGCAUGCUGGCAGUAGAUCACAUGAGAGUCACAUGGUACAACAAGACCGAGGGAAAACUGUACAGUGUUAAUAAGGCAACAGGUCAGGGCUUAAUAGAACAAGAAGUAAAGGGCCUUCAAGACAUCCUGGCAUAUGGAUCACACUUACAGUUCCUUCCAGGUAAGCCAGGGAUAACUGUGCCACCCUCAGAUUUUGAUUAUUUAUUUAUUGAAAAUUUAUUGUCAAAUGAUUUUAUAAAAAUCCAAAUAGUUUUAUAAGUUAUUUAUGUGAAAUUAUUAUUUUUUUAAUACUAUUUAUGCUGCUUAGAUCAUAAUCUACUUUAAAUGUUUACACCAACAAAACUGUGUUUGUUUAGAUUCCCAGUGCCUAGACCCUGGAGCAAUCAUAUCCACUACACAGGCCAUGUAUGUGGACAGCUCCAGUGUUUUCCUGAAGCUGUCCGUACCUCAAAGACCAGCUUCUUGUCAGGGCAUCAGUGCACCGCAGGACAAGUACACCAUAUAUUAUCGCAAGGUCAAGGCCAUCAAGCACGGGGCUGCCCCAGAAGAUUGCCACUCAGACAUUUCUCAGUGUACCAAAAUGGUCAGUUUAAUAUUGUACUAUCACUUUUUUGUAUUUAUCAUCAUCCAAGCCAGCACUUUUUAAAUAUGAAUUACAUUGAUUUUGCUUUAGAUUUUGUGAGGCAAAAUAAAUUUAUAUUAAAGUGUUUGACAUUGUUAAAAGUUUAGUUAGCAUUAAUGCAUUUAAUUUUUAUUUGCAAUAUUUAUAUAUAUAUACAUAUAUUAUUUUUUAAAGUUUCAUAAUAAUUAAUUGAUAAAUAUAAACCAUAGAUUUCUAAUAAUUUUAAAUUACCUACAAACUGUUCUACUAUGUAACGAUGAUGUAUGCUCAGUUUAAAAAAAAAAAAUUGUAUAUGCAAAUUUAUUUACCUAUGGCUUUUCAUAUUUUUACAGGAGUCAUAUGCCUCAAACAUUCAAAUAAAAGAUCUUGAUCCCCACACUAAGUACUUGUUUCAAGUAGCCAUCAGCAACUACUACACAGAGUAUCUAUCAGUGGCUAUGGGACAACCUGUGUUUGUCACUACAAAGUUUGGAGGUUAGCUCUCUUAUUCCUUGUAAUGUAUUACUGUUGUUUGGCUCAUUGUUUUUUGUUUUUUUAAUUUAAAGGAAUGUCCAAGCUUAAUAUCAGAUAUUAAUGAGACAUUGUCAGAAAAUUCUUUCGCUGUUAAGUUUACAUUAAUUGGUUUCUCAUGGGGCAAGGGAGUGAAAAUAUAAUUUUAGAAAGGAGUUUGAUAAACUUUAAUUUAAGUUGACCUCUGAAAUAAGAGUUUGAUUGUAUCUCCGAUUAUUUUCUUGACAGUUCCGUCAGUAGCCAGAGAACUGAGUGCCGAGCCAUGCACACCAGAAAAAAUUAUUGUCAAAUGGCGGCCACCCCUGCAGCUCAAUGGGCCAUCAGAACUCAUCACCUAUGUGGUUCAAUAUUCAACAUUUUUAGCAGAGGGCAAUGUCCAGCGUGAGACAGAGAACCUUUUUGAUAAUAAAACCAGUGAUGGUUUCAUACAGACUGUUUUGAAGGACUUGGAACCUGGACAUUUGUAUAGCAUUAAGGUAUGUAAAGAUUGCAUUUUAUUUAGAUGGCAAAGAAUCUUAGAUGACACAGUUUCACUAACAACUUUUUGCACUGAUGCUGUAAUGAUCUUCUGCUCUAGACAAGAUUUUAAAGAUUCCUUUUUGAACGGAUCUUCUUUAAUUGUAAUCUAAACAGUUUUAAUUUUUUUUAAUUUCAUUUUUAAAAAUUAUUUCUCUCUAAGGUUUACAUGACACACACAAUUAUACCACAUCUCUAUAAAUCCUUGCAGGUGUUGACCUGUAUGGUAAAUCGAACCAUGUGUAGCAGCUCAGAACCAGUCUCCAAUCAGACCUUCAAGACGCCCUCAGACAUGAAAUUUGUCAGCUCCACACCACAUUCCAUUUAUUUGACCUGGAGGUCACCACCAGACAACAGCAUAAUACGGCAUCAUGUUAUGUACACUGAGGUCAGUUCAUUCAAUUUUAUUAUUCUAUAAUCUAUACAUACAAAAAAAUGAUCUUCACUGCCCAAUGGCUCACUUCACAUUACAGGGUAUUAUUUACUUUUACUGUACACAAAAUAUUUAUUUUUACCAUACACAACAUUUAUUAUUUUACUAUAAUCCACAUAUUUGCACUGAACACAUCAUAUAUAUUUGUACUGAAUAAACCAUAAUAUAUUUGAACUGUACUUAAUAUGAAACUGUUGAAAUGACUUUUUUCAUUUAAAAUUAAUAUAUCACCACUUUUAUAUUCAAAAAAAAAAAAAAAACAAAUUGAUGCUUUCAUUUUUUUUAUAUAUAACACAUAUAAGACAAAAUAAAUAAACCAAAAUAUAUUUGAACUGUACUUAAUAUGAAACUGUUGAAAUGACUUUUUUCAUUUAAAAUUAAUAUAUCACCACUUUUAUAUUCAAAAAAAAAAAAAAAGACAAAUUGAUGCUUUCAUUUUUUUUGUCUAUGACACAUGUAAAGCAAAAUAAUGUAAAUUCCAUCUUAUUUACUUGACUUUUGUUAUAAAGGUCAAACCAGGAGGGCUGAAAUGGUUUGAGUCUGGCUUCCUGGGUGUCACAGAAAACCACACAGACUAUACAGAGGAGAUCACAGGGCUCGAGCCCAACACGUUGUACGCAUUCAAGAUUAAAGCCAAUUACAGGUUCAGGCCUUUUGACAUGGCUGUGUACAUAUGGCCUACUGAUGACAACCUGUAUACUUAUAGGACAAAUGGUAGGUUUUUCAGUAUUGACAGCUAUGACAGAGGGCUAUUUUAAACCCAUGUUUGCACUUAAAUAAUUCAGGGUUUAAAAAUAACAUUUGAAGUUUUAUUAUUAGAGAAGCUUUGAAUUAAGUUAUUGUCAGUCUGAUGUUGUUGUUGCUGAUGCAUUGUAAAGAAAAACCUUAAAUAUGCAAUGGGUAUCACAAGUCAAAGUAUUUUCUAUCUAUGGAAGGAUACAGCCAAACAUGUUUUUUCUUCUUAUACCUAGUGCUUAAAAUGUUUUUAAAAACAAAUCAUUAUGCAACAUUAACUUCUUUUGUUUUUUUGUCAUCAAUAAUUCAGUAUUUUGCCCAGAUCAACCACCUCCUCCAGUUAUAAUACAACUAAAAACUGGGAUGUAUGAGGUCAAAUGGGAGCAACCUGAUGACAACGGGGCAUCAAUUAUCAACUACAUUCUUGAACUGAGGUCAGAUUCUUUUAUAUUUCUCCAGUCCUCAACACACUAAAUUAAAACUGAGAGAUAAAAAUGAGAUCAAGUGAAAAUAUUGUUUAAAAAUCAUGUGAUUGUUUAUUGCUUAUAAAAUAUUUACAUACUAACAUGACUUUUUCUUAGAAUUUCAUUAAAAAAAUGUUGUAAAAUCAUUAUGUUAAUUUUAACACGUAUUUAAAACAUCCACAAUAAAAAAAAUACUCUACUAAUAAAUAAAUAUUAUUUGCAUCAUUCCAUCUUUGUGAGAUGAUGGAUUAGCUUGUGCUUUAUUUGCACCUCCUUGAGUAGCAUUUGAGACACCUGAUAUAGUCACAUCUGUCAAAAAAAAUCUUUAACUAACAAGGCCGUAUUUUUCAAUUCUCAGUUCAGCAGAUAAUCUUAAAUGGCAGUCUGCUUACAAUGGUUCUGACAAACGCUGGGUUGUCGAUUCACUGGGGCUUGAUAAUGGCAAGCCCUACAUUUUCAGAGUUGCAGCGGCCAAUUCACAAGGAAUGGGACCAUACAGUAACAACAGCUCCAGCUUCCUUUUUUCACAUGGUAUUUGAUAUUUCUAUUUAGAAGAAUGUUUCUUUAAAAUGUAUGAAAUUGUUUUUAAUAAGCAAUUAACUUCAACAAAAAUUUUUUUUAAAUAAAAAUUAUCUUCCUUCAGCUGCCAAACCAGCUACCCUCAGCCAUCAGGUGAUUAUUGGAAUUGUUGUAGGGGUUCUUGUUUUCCUCAUCAUCAUAGUUGUGGCUGUCAUUGUCUUGGGUAAGUUUUAAGUAACUUGAUGCCAAUAUACAGCUAUGGUGGAUUUUUCGUUACCUGUAUUACUAUUAUAGAACCGUGUCUUUCUAUUUUAAAUAAAAAAAAUGUAAUGGUUCAAUAUUUUAUUUACAUCAAUUUUUUUUAUAAAGAUUUUUCAAAAAUAUUCUCUUUAGUUUUUCUGUUAUUUAUUUCAUUCCAAUUUCAAUUUUUUUAAAGAUAAAACAUUUAAGAAGCUCAAAAAUUAGCAAAGUUCAAUAAAUUGGUCACUGGUCAAUGCUGAAUCUAAAUAAUUCUGCUAGUCUGCGAUUCUAAAAUUUUUUUACAUCUAAACAGAUUUUUUUUUAAUGGACAAUAUUGUUACACUUUCAGUUUUUAAUUAUACAGAUUUUUAAAAAUUGACUCCUUUUUUAAAAAAAUAGCCAUUCGAAAGAGACAAGAGAAGAUUACCCAGUUUAUAAUCAGGGGACCUGACACUGAACUUGCAACUCUGCGUGAAUUACCCCACACUACAUUUCAACAGAGCAACACUUUGUAUGCGAUUAGGUAUGUAUGACUCUCAUCCUGUUUCAUUACUCUCAAUUGAAAAAGUAAGAUUUUAUGGCCAUGCAGUUUUAAAAAAUUAUAUUUAGCAUUGUCAUAGUGGAAUUUUGCUAGAUUUUGGUCAUGGACAUUUAAAAGGUGGAUAUAUACAUAUAUAACCUGGUCCAUAAAUAUUCUGACAAAAUGAUAUAGUGAGAAAAUUGACAUGCUGAGUCACUAUCCUUGAAUCUACAUUAUUUAGCGAUAUCAACUCUGUGGAUACAGGAAAUAGUUAAGUGUGAUUUAAGUUUUAUAAAAGCCUACAAGCCUACAAAUACUUUGUAUUUAAUGCCUUGUCUACUUAAUUAAUAUUCACCUGUAUCUUCCCACUUCAGUAUCAAAUGCACAGAUGAAGAAAUUGCUAAGCUGCCCCAUUUCAGUAGAAAUCAGUUGGUGCUGACCAUGUUUUUAGGAAGUGGUGCCUUUGGAGAGGUUUUUGAGGGAUUGGCUAAGAAUAUCCUAGGUGACAGCAGUGGAGAAACCAAGUGUGCAGUUAAGGUAAUGAAACAAAGUGAUCAUUUUCGUGCAAGUUUACAACAUCCUGAGCUGUGGCUUCAAUUAUAUAAAUAAAUAAAAAAGCUAGGAUGAUUUUUUUUUCUGCAUUCAAAAUUUAUGUUAAUUUCAUUAGUCUUAAUUUUAUAGCAUACAAUGGCUUGUUUUUUUUUUGUACACUUCAAAAAAUUGUGUUCUUAUAUUUGAUAAUAUACAAUGGGCCACUCUUUCAAUUACCUAGUCAUCUUCUUACUGUUCUUUCAGACCCUGCGGAAAAGUGCAUCUGAUCACGAGAAAGAGGAAUUUCUAAAAGAAGCCUUGCUGAUGAAAAACUUUCAGCAUGAAAAUAUUCUGAGACUUCUAGGUGUCUGCCUUGAUAAUGAUCCUCAGUUCAUUAUCAUGGAGCUUAUGGAAGGAGGGGAUCUAUUAUCAUUCUUGCGUAAUUGCAGGGCAACCUCAGUGAGUUUAAAUAAUUAGUUUAUUUUAACUUUUUCAUGCAUUUUAUUAUAUUAAUCUUUGUGUGUUUUUUAUGCGUGAACAAAAUAUUUAUUGAGAACACAAUCUAGAUAUAAAUUAUCGAUAUUUCAAUUGAACUCUUCUUGUCGUGUUUUAUUCAUAUGCAAGCUAUGUUAUCAUAUUUUUUUUCUAAUCCAGACUAGCCCAGCUAAACUUGUCUUACCUGAUUUAGUUAAAAUUUGUGUCCAUGUGGCCAGGGGCUGUAAAUAUCUGGAGGACAUGCAUUUUGUUCAUAGGUAAGAAAACAAACUAAUGUUUUAUUAUUUUAAAAAAUUACAUUCAUCCUUUCAACAUUUUCAAUCAAGUCUUCAGUGAAUCUAAUGACUUAGAUUAAUUUUUAAUAAGUAUUAUUAUUUGUGCACUCAGCAUUCUUAAUACAUAUAAAAUCUUUGUUUUGUAAAUGCAGAGAUUUGGCAGCGAGAAAUUGCCUGGUCUCAUCUAAGUCUACAUCAACCAUGACAGUCAAGAUUGGAGAUUUUGGUCUGGCUAGGGAUAUCUACAAGAAUGAUUACUACAGAAAAGAAGGGGAGGGACUUUUGCCAGUCAGGUGGAUGUCACCAGAGUCCUUGGUGGAUGGGUUUUUUACAACACAGUCUGACAUUUGGUAGGCCUUGAUUUUUCCACUUCAUUUCACUAUCAUGACUACAAUCAUACAAAUUUUAUAUAUAUAUAUAUUUUUUAUAUACAUAUUUUAUAUAUAUAUUUGAUGAGUGAAGUGAAUUUAAGUUAAAGUUUAAAAUAUCCCUGAGCUAUGUGCAUUACUAACAUUAUCUUUGUAUUUCAAAAGUAAAACUAUGGGUCCUUUCAAGUCUAGAUUUUCUAAAGUUGCCUGUUACCUCGCCACAUUUUAGUGAUAUAUAUUUUAAUAAACAUUAUUUUUCUUCAGGGCAUUUGGUGUACUAAUGUGGGAGGUGCUGACUUUAGGGCAACAACCUUAUCCAGCCAGAACUAACAUUGAAGUCCUUCACUUUGUAAGAGAUGGAGGCAAGCUAGAGCGACCAGAGAAAUGUACAGAUGAAAUGUACGUUGAUAAAUAAAUUACGUUUUACAAUGCUUUACUUCUGCACAUAUUAUACAUAAAGAAUUGACUAGCUUAAGGGAAAAUAUUUGCAAGACGUGUGCACUAUCUAUGAAAUUUUUUUAUUUAUAUUUGGUUUUAGUGGUUGUAGGCCUAAAUAUAUUUAUUCAAAGUUGUAAACUUGUAAUAUUUUUUAGGUUUAAUUUGAUGCGAAAAUGCUGGAGUUUUAACUCAGACCAAAGACCAAGUUUUGCUACUUUACUGGAAAGUUUAGAAAUAUUCCAAGAAAAGUGCUGUCAUAUGAGCCCUGAGGACAUUGCUCGAUUUUCUCCAGCAGUCACAGAUGGU